UGUGGAACUGUUGGUAAGAAAGUGUAGGAAGCCUCUCUCUAGAAAGGCAGCUCACUGGCUUCUAGUUUUAGUACGAAUAAUACGUUCGAACGGCAAUAUUAUUAUUACUAUACAAUAAUAGUAUAAAUUGAGACGACGAAUUAGAAAGAAAUAAAAAAACAAAUACAUAAAAAGAAAAGAAAAUAUAUUUCGUACUAUAUUGUUAUAAUUAACAAAAACAAAACAAAAAAAAAAGGAAAAAAAAAAUUAAUAAAGCAAACGAAGUGUUGUGUUUUAUUAAAGCGUAUAAUAGCAAUUAUUUAUUAGCGUUUAUUUUUACGAGGGAACGAAGAAAGGUAGAAAAAGAGAGAGAGAGAGAGAGAAAGAGUGAAUAAGCGAGCGAGUGAGUAAAUGUGCGAGUUGUAAGAGGGGGAAAUAGUGACAAGGAAGGAGGGACGAGGGGUGAGGAGGGUGGUAAAGGAAGAGAAGAGUAAAGAGGCCGUGUGCGCGCGAGACAACGUCCAAACGACGCGCGCGUCACGUUACGAACGUUACUAAACACGAGCACCAGUAUUUGUAUCCCUGGUAUAAAGUUAAUGUGUUACAAAGAGCAACGAAAUGAAGCUAACUCGAAAGUGUUUCGGGAACAUCACCAAGAUGUUGGACUUCUACUCGCAAUUCAACCCCUCGCCGCUUUCGAUAAAGCAGUUCAUCGAUUUCGGACUAAGCGCAUGCGAAAGGAAGUCUUUUAUAUUCUUAAGGAAGGAGCUACCGGUACGACUCGCUAAUAUUAUGAAAGAAAUACAUUUGUUACCCGAUAAUUUAUUAAAAACACCUAGCGUUGUAAUGGUCAAUAAUUUAUACGUCACUUCGUUCGAAGAAAUAAUACAUUUCGAAAAAUCCGAAGUAAACGAAAGUACUUUGGAUAAAUUUUGUCAAGCAUUGAUCAAAAUAAGAAACAGGCAUAGCGAUGUCGUUCAAACCAUGUCACAGGGUGUUCUUGAAUUGAAGGAUUCUUACGACGUUGACGUUCAAACGGAAAACAGCAUCCAGUAUUUCCUCGAUAGAUUUUUCAUGUCUAGAAUUUCGAUCCGUAUGCUUAUCAAUCAACACACUUUACUUUUUGGUGGAAUAUUAAACGGUCAUAGCAGACAUAUAGGAUGUAUAGAUCCAUCCUGUGAUGUUAUUAGCGUUAUCAAAGACGCCUACGAGAAUGCACAGUUUCUAUGCGAUCAAUAUUAUCUGGCUAGUCCGGCGUUGAAUGUGAAGCAACAUAACGAACUUGAACGAGGAAAUGAAAUACGAAUAGUUUACGUACCGAGUCAUCUGUAUCACAUGCUAUUUGAAUUAUUCAAAAAUAGUAUGAGAGCAGUUAUGGAAUAUCACGGAUCGGAAUCUGACAAUUAUUACCCGAUCGAUGUGACGGUUGUACGCGGAAAAGAGGAUAUAUGCGUGAAGAUAUCUGACCGUGGCGGUGGGAUACCUCGUUCGCACACGGAUCAUCUUUUUAAGUACAUGUAUAGUACAGCACCACAGCCAAGCAAGGCUGAUGCACAUACUGUCCCUCUCGCUGGUUAUGGUUAUGGUCUUCCAUUAUCACGUUUGUAUGCUAGGUAUUUUCACGGUGACAUCGUUUUGCUAAGCUGCGAAGGUUAUGGUACCGAUACGAUUAUUUAUCUCAAGGCACUUUCCAACGAGGCCAACGAAUUGUUACCGAUAUUCAACAAGACUUCAUCAAAGUUUUAUCGGACCCCAGUUCCUACUGCUGAUUGGAGCAGCCAAUGUGGCGGCGGCAUGGCCACGAGACAACUCAGGAUGAGUUAUAGUCAAGGACACAGGUUACCUCAUGGUAUGGAGGUCGGUCAUUGCUAACGGAAUUUUUUUUUUUAAACAAACAACAACAACAACACAGUAAAACAAAUAAUUAAUCAACCGGUAUCUCAUCGCUACUUAUAUAAUUGUACAUAUAUUAUGAUUUCUGCUAACUCGAUCAUUUGUUUCCGCUUAUUUUAAGGUCAACGAUGAAUGGGAAGCAUUCAUCUUGACAAUGUACGAUGCAUUUUUUAAUUGAGAAAGAUAAAUAUAUUAUUAAUUGAAAUGUUAUUUUUAACGAAGAAUUAUAGAAUCCAUAUAUUUAUAUUAUUUUUAUGGAUUCUAUAUCAAAUAUACGAAUAUAUAUCCACAAAAUGCAGACUGUGAUGUAGUAGGCAAUUUUAAUUUUUAAUUGUUAGUAGAUGACUUGAAAAAAAAAGAAAAAACUUGUUAAUUGUUAACUACGCGCUGCACAACGCGUGUGUAUAUCUCAUAUGUAAUAAUAUUUAAAAAAAAAAGAAAAAGAAAAUAAGAAAGAAAGAAACAAAUUAUAAUUUUACGUGUAGCUUAUAUAUAUUCGAGUAUAUUAUAUACUUCGAAAGAAGAGAAGGUCGAUGUGAGAGAAAGAAAGAGUCGCUUUACGUCUCCCAUAUACAGAAAGUAUUUUCUAUCGUAGAAUAAUAAUUCAUCUAACAAUUUAAAAAAAAAAAAAAAAAAGAAAAAAAAAGAAAAGAAAAAAGAUGAACGUUAAAUAUUUUCAAUAAUACCUCAAUUUUUAAUAAGGACACAUUUUAUAAGGAGUAAGCUUCAAGAAUAAUGCAAAAUCGAUCGUUUUUCUUUCAUACGAAAAACUUUGUCCUUGCGAGAUAUUCCCGAAAGUAAAUAAUACACAGGAUUGUAGUUUUUUAACUAGUACUUGGCAUUAAAGAAAAAAAGAAGAAAGAAAGAUAAAAAAAAAAAAAA